CAUAUAGAAAUCAUUGCUUCAACAAACCUUAUAGUACUGCUUGAAGAUGAAGUAUUUGCUGAUUUUUUCAACACGUUUCUCUCUCUCCCAGUCUUUGGUCAAAUGCCCAUUUACAUAGUUCACGAUUUAGAGUGGACCCUCUGGCCAGAGUUGCCAUGUACUUUGGUUGCCAAAUACAAAGGCUUGUUGACGUGGUUGGAGAAAUACAGGUUACCUUAUUUCUGCAAGACCAACUUAUGCCACCAUUACAUGCUCUGUAAGGAACUCCUCAAUUUCAUCAAAUCCUCAGAGGGCGCCAAAAUGAUGAGAUGGAAGUCAGCAGAUCAGUGGCUGCUCUACAAAUGUGUUGGAGGUGUCCGGGGAAUGUGGCGCUUCUGUGCCUACCUCAGUGGUACAGCAGGGGAGGAGCUUGUGGAAUUCUGGAUAAUUGCGGAGAGAAUCCUCGAAAUUGAUGAGACCAAUGAUAAGCUGAAGGACACUUACCUGUCCCUCCUCCUGGUGUUGAAGGCCACUUAUUUGCAGGAAGGAUCUACUGUGCUAAUUCUUUGCAACAUGAACCUCAAGACACUGCUAAAACUCUCUGUGUGGCAUCCCAAACAGUCCACUACCAGAAGGGAGAUCCUGAGUCACAUGCAGAAAGUAGCUCUGUUCAAAAUCCAGAGCUACUGGCUCCCAAAUUUCUACCUGCAUUGUAAGAUCAAUAUGGCCAAGCAGGAAAUGUGCCAGGCUCUGCUACAAGAAUAUGAGGAUCGCCUCGGUAAGGAAGAAGUGGAAAAAAUCCCCACCUUCCCAAAAGUCCUCCCCCUUGAUAUGAAUGUCAGGAGACUCUAUAUGACUUCAAAGCCAUACUGUAGCAAAAAAACCAAGAAGAAGAUGUGGCAAUUCAUUGAACAGGGCACAUGGACUAUUGAGCCUGAACUGCCCAUAAUACAUACUCUGAAUCCCCAAAAGAAGAUAUUGCACGACAAAAGCUUUCAAGACUUAUCUGAUGGCUUCCCUCCUCCACAAAAACUCAUUGUGCGGAUGGGCUCCCUGAAACCGUUGCAUUUUCAAGACAAACUAUCAGAGCUAAGGUCAAAGGACAGCCUCAGUUCCCUAUCCUUUCACUCCAAGGUAGAGGGCACCAAAACUUAUGUGCCCUUCACCCUAGAAGGAGUCUAUGAGAAGAAAUACACAGCCAAACUGCGUACAACCACCCCUGUCAUCAACCAGCCCUCCUUGAUAUCCCUGAAGAAGGUGAUUCGAAAAAGUUUUUCCUUUGAAUAUCUCCACUGGGCUUUGACUGCUGAUGCCUGUGCAGGGAACCCUUUUGCAGAUUUUCUUAAGAGCAAACAUUACAAGGUGGAAAACCGCCUCCUAAAUCUCUGGAAGGACCUGGACAACUUCCUGACCAUUUCCAUCAGUGCUAAGAGAGGUGGUAAUCUGCUAUUUCGGCACACGCUUGGAAAUCGUAUCUGUGAACUUUACCUGAAUGAAGAAAAUGGUCCCAUCCUGCCACUCAAACCUCAAACCAUCCAGAAUCUGAGAGAGCUGUUGCCUUCUGGGGAGGUGAUCCCCUGGAUCCCCAAAGCACAGAAGGAAAUAUGCAAGAUUCUUGCUUCCCUGUUUGAUGACUUUCUUGAUUUGGAUGACCACUGGUUUCUCAUCUUUGUGUCUCAAAUCAGUUCCUGUGAAACCAAGAGGAAGAAAUCAAAAGAAACUUUGGACAACCUGGAAUAUGUUCUAUUGUGUAAGAGGAUACAGGAAUCCCUGGGGAUGUGCCAGGCCUUGUCCACCUUGGAAGACAUGGAAACACUCCAGGACACGCACUGGCAAAUGAUAGCUAAACAAGAUCUGAAAAAAGGAGGAUCCCUCCAUUUGGAACUCAAGCCUUCAGUAUACAGGGAAGACUCAAGGAGAAUGAAUUUUGAACAGCUCCGUAAGAAGUACCCAAAGCUGGCCAUAGAGAUCAUGAGUGAAGAUUUUAAGAAAUAUUGUGAGAGUAAACCUAUAACUAUAGCUGUGCCUGUGGAACCAGAAAAGAAGGUCCAACCUGAAAUACAAGUUGCACAAUCCUUAUCCUUCCUCAGGAAGGGAAGCACUAUUUUAAGGAAACCUUCACUAAGACCCAGGAAUAUAAUGGAAGUCAUCCAUCACCCUGUCCACUUAGAGUUCUUCAAGGAGUUCCUUAGAAUAAACAGAGCUGAGAAUCUGCUGAAUUUCAUAGUGGCUAUGCAGAGGGUCUGCAGUGAAACCAAUGAAAAAGUACAGAGAACUCUUGCUGACACCAUAUUCAAGAAUUUCUUCCGUAACAAAUCUAUUGUUGAGGAUAUGCUACAAUGUACUGCCCCUCUCCUCAGAGAAAUUUCUCAUAUGCGUCGUGUUCCUUUGACAUUAUUAGUCCAGGCCCAGAACCAUAUCCUAAGAUGCCUAGAAGAUAGAUGGUUCAAAAUUUAUCAAGAGAUGUUCCCACCUCGUUUUCAAAUUCCAACUAUGGAAACUUUGGAUACACGACACAAAAUUAAAAAAGGAGCAAAAGCAGUCCUCCACUUACAUAUCAAGAAGAAAAAGGGAUGGGUUCACUUUAGGGCCAUUUUUAGGAGCAUCUGCAAAUUUCUAAGGGAAAUGAAGAAACCACUUGGCCGGCACCAAUUUGAGGAAUUUCUAAGGAAGGAAAUGAAAAGUAAAGAAAACGCAGCUGCAUCCAAAAUCACAAGUGCAAAUCCAGUCACACCUGUCAACCCAAACUUAAACCCAAAUGCUCCUCCUGUCUCCCCAAAGCCUCCCACCGACCUUGAAUAUGAAGAUUUUACAUAUACAAAGCGCAGGUUGUUUGGCCAUAAAACAAUCAUCGUCAAUUUCCUGGUCAAUGACUUAGGUUAUUUUAUUGAAAUACAGAAAUACAAUAACAUGGUCGCUUCAGCCUUGGUACUGCAAGUUAAUAAGGUCUUCAAUGAAAAUGAUGUUGCACUCUUGAAAGCCAAAGGAUAUAUUAUCUACAAGCUUUUCCUUUCAUCUGAGAUUCCUCCCAAACUUCGGGUGAAUAUUACUGAAACCAUGAAAGAAGUCAUCCACAAUGCAAUUACGGACGGACGCAUGGAUCGCACUGUCUUCCAUAAUUCUGUCAUGACUAUUUUCCCUAUUCUUAUGCACUUUUGGAAAAAGUACUGUUUAUCUAAAGUCAAGCAGCUCUACUUGUCUUCUGUAAGAAAGAAGAAGCGUAUAUCUCCUGCCAUUGCAUCUCCUAAACCGCCUCAGUGGAGUGGGGGGGACUAUUCCAUCUUGAGAUUUUCUCUGUGCAAGGGUAUUGAGUGGCUGCUGCCCCAGCCCCGGGAAGAAGUAGUACAUCUGAGUCCAGUUCUGUUAUGUAAGUCUGUUGAUGUCAAGUUGAUUUGGCCGAAUGAGCUGGCUAAUAGCCCUUACACGAGAGCCGAUCUCAGGCCUUUGGAGGGAAGAGAGAUCAGAUUUAUUCUCCUUGGCCCCAGAGAGCAGAACUGGAAGAAAUGGAUGCAAAUUGCAGAGGCAGAUUUUGACUCUUAUAAGGAAAAUGUUCUGUCAUCCUCCUUUCCCUGGAUCAAAGUCCCUUUUCCCUGUAUUCCCCCACCUUUCUAA